CAUAAUUUUUUUUUUUUUUUAAUUUGGAUGAGGUUUUAGCUCACACAGAAUAGCAGUGCUCUGAAGACUAAAACCCUCAAAGCUAGACCGACCAAACGAAAACCAGAGAAUCCAUGGAGAUUCCCCUCCGCAAUUGAGCAAUUCCCUUCAUACCAGAGAAGCAGAAUCAGCACUCGUGUUUUCCUUUGCAUUCCCUAGCUCGAACACACUGGAAGAAAAACUAUGAAAUGCCUCGUCCCUCUCAUUUCCCUUCACUUCCCGCCAAACGCCGUAGUCUCUCACUCUUCUGCUUCCUCUUCCUCGCCUCAAUUGUCCAUCGUUAAACCGUCGCUAAGGUAUCAAUUGAACUCCAAAAAUGUCCGCGCAGCUCCCGGAUUCAGAACCAGAACCAGAACCAGAACCAGAACUAGAAUUAGUUCAGCUGCCGAAUUCACAUCCGCUUCUACGUCGGCCAACUCGGUGAAAAUGGAAGAACAGGAGGAAGCGAUUCAGGUGUUCGAGAGGUUGAGAGAGGCGGAGAAGGAUAGGAUAAACGAGCUGGAGGAAUUGGAGAGGAAAUCGAAUUUGCAGCUGGAGAGGCAGCUUGUCAUGGCUUCCGAAUGGAGCAGGGUGCUCCUGACGAUGCGAGGGAAGUUGAGAGGGACGGAAUGGGAUCCGGAGAACUCUCACAAGAUCGAGUUCAGCGAGUUCUUGAGGCUUCUUAAUUCGAACAAUGUUCAGUUCAUGGAGUACUCCAACUAUGGCCAGACUGUUUCAGUUAUUCUUCCAUAUUACAAAGAUGAUAAAAAUGAAGCCGGAAAACGAGACCCGAAGAAGAUCGUGUAUCGACGUCAUGUUGUAGAUCGCAUGCCGAUUGACUGUUGGAAUGAUGUUUGGCAGAAGUUGCACCAGCAGAUUGUAAAUAUUGAUGUACUUAAUGUGAACACAGUGCACGCAGAGGUAUACUCUAGUGUUGCGACUGCUGUAAUCUGGUCAAUGCGGCUUGCUCUUUCCAUUACAAUAUAUGUUUGGAUUGAUAAUUGGGCUAGACCAAUUUAUGCAAAGUUAAUACCUUGCGACUUGGGAAAACCAACCACAACAACGAGGCAGCCACUCAAACGCCGGGUGCUUGGUUCACUAGGCAAGAGUAGGGCAAAGUUCAUAUCAGCAGAAGAAACUACAGGCAUUACUUUCGAUGAUUUUGCUGGUCAGGAAUACAUUAAGAGAGAACUGCAAGAGAUAGUACGGAUUCUGAAAAAUGACGAAGAGUUUCAAGAUAAGGGUAUAUAUUGUCCAAAAGGUGUCCUUCUCUAUGGGCCUCCUGGUACUGGUAAAACACUGCUUGCCAAAGCUAUUGCUGGUGAAGCAGGCCUACCUUUCUUUGCUGCUAAUGGCACUGAUUUUGUGGAGAUGUUUGUAGGCGUGGCAGCAUCCCGUGUCAAGGAUCUUUUUGCUAGUGCCCGAUCAUUUGCUCCUUCCAUAAUCUUUAUCGAUGAAAUUGAUGCUAUUGGCAGCAAGCGUGGUGGUCCUGAUAUUGGAGGGGGUGGUGCAGAAAGGGAACAAGGCCUGCUUCAGAUACUGACAGAAAUGGAUGGAUUCAAGGAAUUUACAUCACAGGUGUUAGUUAUUGGGGCAACAAACAGGCUUGACAUACUAGAUCCUGCUCUAUUGAGAAAAGGUCGUUUUGAUAAGAUCAUAAGAGUUGGUUUGCCAUCAAAAGAUGGUAGAUUGGCUAUACUUAAGGUUCACGCAAGAAACAAAUUCUUCCAAUCAGAGGCUGAAAAGGACACUCUUCUAAAGGAGAUUGCGGAGCUCGCAGAAGCUUUUACAGGGGCUGAGCUUCAGAAUAUACUGAAUGAAGCUGGGAUUUUGACUGCUAGGAAAGAUAAAGACUAUAUCGGACGUGAGGAACUAAUUGAGGCUCUGAAAAGGCAAAUGGGUACAUUUGAAACUGGCCAAGAAGACAGUACUGCAGUUCCUGAAGAAUUAAGGUUAAGAUUAGCUUACCGUGAAGCAGCUGUUGCAGUCCUUGCGUGCUUCUUCCCUAACCCCAGCCGCCCUUUCACGGAGACACAUAUAAAUUCGAUCCGUGACCGGCCAAAUAUGCAAUAUGAAGUAACUGCUGGCAGGGUAUUCACCAAAAAGACUGAGUAUAUUAAUGCUUUAGUGCGUGCAUGUGCUCCUAGGGUGAUUGAGGAGGAAAUGUUUGGUGUAAACAACCUUUGUUGGAUCUCUGCAAAGGCUACGUUAGAAGCUUCAAGGCUUGCUGAACGUUUAAUUCUCCAGACCGGGAUGACAGCAUUUGGAAAAGCAUACUACAGAAAUCAUAGUGAUCUUGUACCCAGUCUUGCAGCAAAACUUGAAGCACUUCGCGAGGAGUACAUGCGUUAUGCUUAUGAUAAGUGUUCUUCUGUGCUGAGAGAAUAUCAUUCAGCUGUGGAGACGAUUACAGAUAUUUUACUUCAGAAAGGAGAGAUGAAAGCUGCUGAAAUUUUGGAUGUGUACAAAAGUGCUCCUAGAAUCCCUCAGCCUAACGUGAAUCCCAUUGAUGAGCAUGGAGCCCUAAUUUAUGCUGGUCGAUUGGGGCUUCACGGUAUCAGUCUUCCAGGUCGGGUCACAUUUGCGCCAGGCAAUGUCGGGUUUUCAACCUUUGGCGCUCCCCGCCCCACUGAGACCCAAGUAAUUAAUGAUGAAACGUGGAAGCUAAUAGAUAACAUUUGGGACGAAAGAGUUGAGGAAAUAAAAUCUGAAGCAUCUGAGGAGGUCGAAGAAGAGAAAGAGAAACCACAGCUUUUGAUGGCCAGCCAUUUCCUCUAAAGAUCGGAUCAUUGCCUGGUCCACAUGGUUAGUAUUGUUAGCUUCUUGUUUUAAGCAGUUAUUGGAUAAAGUUGCUAGGACCGAGAAUAGUCAAAUGGUUCACACAAUUAUCAUCUUGCAUCACAUUGAAAUAAUCGUGUCUAAACCAUCGCGAGGAACUCGUCUAUCCUGUCAUGGAAGGGACCGAACUUGGUAUUGAGACAAUUAAAGCACCAAACCUGAUCUUCCAUUGGUUCUGCCAUCUUAUGUUGCUGAUGUGGCCGCCGUUGGCAUACAAUACAGGGGCUGCCACAUGAGCAACAGAACGGCAAAAGCUAACGGAAAUGGUGAAUUUGGUGCUUUAAUUCUCUAAUUACUGAGUUUAGUGUUCAGCUCUUAUACGUCUAAUAGGCUAGUCUGGUGAUCAAAUAGUAACCCUCUGGAAAAUAGUUUGAGAAGAGCAGAAGCAAGGGCUUUCCAUCCCCGAGUGUCGGCAUUUUCUUCUGUCCUCUGCUUAAACCCUUUUUUUUCUAUGUUAUUAUAACUCACAGCCCGUCUCUACCGGGAUGGGCGACCUUGUUGUAAACUAGCAGGUCAGUCGGGCACUCCACAUGUCUCGUAGGGUUCGAUGUUCCGGAUGAAAGAAAUCCCCACCAUAAGUGUGGUGAUGGAUUGGAGGGAGCUGGCCGAAAGCCGAGCUGCGAGAUGGUCCUCAGGUGCUGCCUCUUGUUAUAGUUUCUUCCUCAGAAUGCUUAAUCAGUCAUAUGGGGUUUGCUAUUAAUAGAUUGUGCUUCAGAGACCCCCCUUAGUUGUUGCAGUUUAGGAGCCAUGCCUACAUUUAGUGAAUGAGGAACUGUGAAAAUUUUCUGUUGUAACGGUAAAUCCCCGUGAGGGACCUGCUCGAAGUUUGCAUUUUUUUUACUUGCAACACAAGAAUAUGAGUGAGACAGGGCAAUUUUUGAAUUUGAUCUUAGCCAAUCGAAUAUGUUUUUAACCUUUAUUUUCAUCUCUCAGUUUCUUCAAUUUGCCAAUCAUCAUCUAUUCAGUUUUGUUCCUCCGAUCGGGUUCAUGAUAGGUUGUAACUCGUAUAUCUAUAAUCUAUUUAAAGACCGAGGGAUCAAACAUAGGCGUGUGUCUUCUGAAAUUUGAAGCCUAAGAAGUAGAGGGUGGCAAAUGGAUUGGAUCAAGUGGAUUAGUGGAUUAUCCAUGAAUCCAAAUGACAUCCUAAACCUUGGAUCAAUAUGUAAAAUAUGAAAAGUUUAGGUACUAAAAUGUCAUGAUGAAAAAGUUUAGGUACCAAAACGUAAUUUUCCAACGAUAUUUUUCAUAUAAAAAUUGAAUUUUAGGUAUCAAAAUGUAACAUAUAAAAACUACAGGUACCAAAUCAUAAUUUGUCAUUUGAAUCCAUGGAACAAUCCAUGAAUCCACCAAUCCAAUUGGAUUUGGAUCAAAUGGAUUAGAUUUAAAUGGAUUAGAUUUGGAUAUUUUUAAUGGGUUGGUGGAUUGGAUUGAGAAUUGCCGCCAAGUACCCAAUCCUGCAUAGAGUUCCAUAGGGUAGGAUAAGGUCAUGAAGCUGCAUACAUCGUUUGCAUGUAUGUACUUCGUGUCUUGUGGAUAAGCGGGAUGUAUAGGGCGGUAGUUCGCGUAUAUUCUUCUUUCACAAUAUUUGUAUGUUCUCCGAUUUUCACUGUUCAAGAUUGUGUCACGCACAAACAAUCGGAUGUAUAGGGAGAUAAGUUCUCCGGAUUUUCUUCUUUCACAUCAUCUGUAUGGACUCCAAUAUUCAAAAUUUUCAUGAAUCACUAAAAUAAUCGGGAUGUAUGAUGUAUUGAUAGGCAAUUCUCGGUAUUUUCUUGGUUCAUUGCAUUUGUAUGGACUCCGAUUUUCGUGAUUCUCUUACCGACAUGAAAAAAAGAAUUACAAUUAGCUUAGCUGCGUCAUUAAACUAACAGCCAACAACAAAGCAACAGACUAGGAAGCAGGGCCCAGGUAAUUAAUUGCAUGAUUAAUU